AAAGGGACUUUAUGAAACUUUAAUGGCAGCCAAUAGACAAAAACACUUGAAUAAUUCUGGCCCCUCCUCCCCAUUAGAUCUUCUCCCACCCUCUUUAUGUCCCAAAAUACAGACGCAAACCUGUUGCUCCCAAGCUCAGGAGGCACAUAUAGCUCAGACAACAGAGAGAGUCGGGGGGCAGUGGUUGUGAAGUAGAUACACCACCAAAAAAGAAGGUGGAGAAAAAUCAUCUGUCACUACAAGUGGAUUCCUUCGAAAGGUGAGAGGAAGGAAUUGGAACAUGUUGAGAGAAGUCCUCAAUGGAGCUUGAUGGGUCUGAAAUGAGUUGCUGCCAAGAAAUCUUUCUCCAACUUCAGUGAAACCUUAUGUGACUGUAGGUGGAAAAUUGGCAUGGAAGGCGGCAGAUAUCUCUGACACACUUUGAGAAGGAAUGAGCACAAAGUGAAACAUAUUCAGCCACGAACUCAAUUUAUUUUAAGGACGUGAACCAGAGAAUCAAGUGACAUACAAGAGAAGGUUUGAAGCUCCAUAUUGACCACCCCAUUGCUCAUUUGAUCUGAAAUCAAGGGGUGGUGAAGGACGCUAAAACAGCCAUGGAUGAAGCUAGAGAUGUUGGUCAAGAGGCGAUGGUAAGUGAGGCUCUUGUUCAGUUCAAGGCCACCUUACAAGCUGCUGUGAAGGAGGUACACGUGGAUGUAAGUGUUUUCAAGCAGCGUAUCGAGAAGAGGAUCGAGGACCUGUGCAUUUCCAACAGACCCUUGGCCGAUGUGGUGACCAGGCUGCAGGAGGAGAACCUGCAGCUCAGGGCCAAGCUGGAGGCCCUCACCCGCUUGGUGGAGGGUCUUGCUGGGGUGCAGAUCGACAGAAGUGCUGCUGAAGUGAAGAUGAAGAGUGAGGAAAAUGUCAUAGAGAAUGGACAUGUACAGAUAGAAUCCAAGACCCAGGAGGACCAGAGGGGACUGAUUAACUCUGGAAGAUCAGAAAGCAUCCAGUCCAUUCAGUCCAUUUCCACGAUCUCUGAGCCAUCAGAGUCCAGUGGAGGCUCAAGCCAUGCUGCUGCUGCUGCUGCUGUUGCCACUGCUGCUGCUGCCACUCCCAACAACACCCCAAUCCUUCCUCCAUGGAGAGUAAAGAGACAUGCUGAGCUUAAUGGCACUGAUGCAAAAGGAGAGAAAAAUGUCAUCACAACUGUCCAAGAGAAUCACAGACAAGAACCUGAAGAACCGGGUCUGAACAAACCCCAUCUUCCUCUCACUGCAAUAAUGAAGCCCAACACUGAAGCUCCAGCUGUUCCUGAAGAAUCUCCAUUAAAGUCAGUGGAGUCUCCUGCUAAAUAUGAUGCUGAUGAACCUCAGCCUCACCUGCCCGUCACUGCCAUGACAAUUAAACUCAGUUCGGAUGCUGUUCUUGCUGCCAAAGUUGCUUCGUCUCCAGCGUUAACCCCUAAAGCAGACAGUCUCUGUUCAGCAGGAGAAGCAGGAAAAUAUCCUUUUGCAAGAGAUACAACUGGAGCAAAGAAUCUGAGGUCCCAGGUUUCUCAGGAUCAGUCGGGUUCUGAGUCUCAAGCUUUGCCACAUCUUCCCCUCACAGCCGUAACUAAAAACUCUGAUGCUCCUGCAGCACCUAAACCUGACCAGAGUCCUGUUGCAGCACUGAACCCUUUGAUACCAGAAUCUCCGAUGAUAAAGCGAGGCGAAUAUCCCUUCAGAUGUGACAUCAGUGAAUCCAAACCUCACCUGCCUCUGUCUGCCCCGACCAAACCCAACACCGAGUCCUCACUGUCAGCUGCACCAGCUCAGCCUUCGAGUCUUUCAGCAUCACGGGAUCCUGCAGUGAAACCUGGUGAAUAUCCUUUUAAGAGAGUCCCAGUUCUGAAGACUCCUAGUCCCAGUCUGAAGAGAAGUGUCAGCUUCCCUCAAUCUGCAGAAAAAUUACUUCCCUCCAAGUCAAUCAUAAAAUCUGGUUUCUCACCUAGUUUGGACAAGAAGGUGAACAAGCCAACGGGGGUUGAGUUUAAGCCAGAUCUCAUGAAAUCGCAAACGUAUCCUCGAUCCAACGGGGCUCAAGCCAAAAGGGCCAUGUUUGAAAGGAUGAGCUCCGAACCUACAAAGCCAAAGGACUCAAAGCCAAAACUGAAACACUCUCAGAGUUUUGGAGUUUCCAGUGCCAGCGGCAUAAAACAGAUUCUUUUGGAGUGGUGUCGCUCAAAAACCAUUGGCUAUCAGAAUAUCGAUAUCCAGAACUUCUCGUCCAGCUGGAGUGAUGGGAUGGCGUUCUGUGCUCUGGUCCACUCGUUCUUCCCUCUAGAGUUUGACUACAACGGUUUGAACCCUGCGAACCGCAAACACAACUUGAGCCUGGCCUUCACCAUGGCAGAGCAGCAGGCCGACUGUCUACGUCUGAUUGAGGUGGAGGACAUGUUGGAGAUGGGAGACAAGCCAGACCCAAUGUGUGUGUUUACAUAUGUCCAGUCGCUCUACAACCACCUGAAGAAGUUUGAAUAACUCUGUAUAAGAGUAGACGCCAAAGUCUAGAUGUUAUCAGAAAAAGGACAGUUUUCUCUACCAGACUAUAAAUGAUGAUUAUACUGUUUGUGUGAAUUCAUCAGAUUUAUUAGCAUUUACAGCAAACUACUGAUUCUUAAAAUGCAGCUUCUUCUUACAUGUACUGUCGUGUGUGUACAGCUCUAAUGUUGCUCAAUGAGUAUUUAACAAUGAACAAUAUUUUAAUAUAUGAUGAUGAUGAAGGCACGCUGCAGAGUAACAGCGUAAGGGUCAUUCCAGAAUUGGAGGACAUUUGGGCUUCAAAAAUUUUGAAAAAUUAACCUUGUCUUACAGUUUUCUGCUACAUAUUCAUGAAUAAUAGGUAAUAAACUAUCAAAGGCU